CACUAACCUGUCUGUCCCUCCUCCUUUCUCCCUCUCUCUGCAUAUUCAGCAGAGCUGCCCUCCUCUCCUUCUCAUCACUCUGCCACUCCUGCGGCGUUGCUCUCUGCUUGAAGGGGACACUGGCCUGCUCCUCACCCACUGAUUCUGCAUGACUGUCACAAAGAUGUCAUGGCGCCCGACCUACCGAAGCUCCAAGUUUCGAAAUGUCUACGGAAAAGUGGCCAACCGGGAGCACUGCUUCGACGGCGUCCCCAUCACCAAGAACGUCCACGACAACCACUUCUGUGCCGUCAACUCCAAGUUCAUCGCAGUGGUCACCGAGAGUGCCGGCGGGGGCUCGUUCAUUGUUAUACCUGUAUCCCAGUCUGGCCGUCUGGACUCUCAUUACCCAAAAGUGUGUGGCCACCAAGGCAAUGUGCUGGAUAUCAAGUGGAAUCCCUUCUUUGAAAACAUCAUAGCAUCCUGCUCUGAGGACACCUCGGUGCGAGUAUGGGAGAUCCCAGAGGACGGUCUGAGGCGCAACAUGACGGAGGCAGUGCUGGAGCUGUACGGCCACAGCAGACGGGUGGGUCUGAUCGAGUGGCACCCCACCAGCAGCGGCAUCCUCUUCAGCGCUGGCUACGACUACAAGAUCCUGAUCUGGAACCUGGAGAUCGGCGAGCCAGUGAAAAUGAUCGACUGCCACACUGACGUCAUCCUCAGCAUGUCCUUCAACACAGACGGCAGCCUGCUGGCCACCAGCUGCAAAGACAAGAAGCUGCGUGUCAUCGAGCCACGCUCCGGGGUAGUCCUUCAGCAAGCCAGUUGUAAGAAUCACCGUGUAAACCGAGUAGUGUUCCUGGGCAACAUGAAGCGACUGCUCACCACAGGGGUCUCUCGCUGGAACACCCGGCAGAUCGCUCUCUGGGAUCAGGAGGAUUUGUCCAUGCCAAUUAAGGAGGAGGACAUAGACGGCCUCUCAGGACUGUUGUUUCCCUUCUAUGAUGCUGACACACACAUGUUGUACCUGGCAGGCAAGGGGGACGGCAAUAUCCGUUACUUUGAGAUUACCACAGAGAAGCCGUACUUACAAUAUCUAAUGGAGUUCCGGUCCCCGGCCCCACAGAAAGGACUGGGUGUGAUGCCAAAGCACGGGCUGGAUGUGGGAGCUUGUGAGGUGUACCGCUUCUACAAGCUCGUCACCCUGAAGGGUUUGAUUGAGCCCAUUUCAAUGAUUGUGCCAAGAAGGUCAGACACGUACCAGGAGGACAUCUACCCCAUGACAGCAGGGACAGAGCCCGCGUUGUCGGCCAGCGAGUGGCUGAGCGGCAUUAAUAGAGACCCAGUCCUGAUGUCCCUGAAGGACGGUUACCACCGGCCAAACCAGUUAGUGUUCAAAGCCCCGGUGAAGGAGAAGAAGAGCGUGGUCGUGAAUGGCAUCGACCUUCUGGAGAAUGUACCACCCAGGACAGAGAACGAGCUCCUGCGGAUGUUCUUCCGGCAGCAGGACGAGUUGCGGCGGCUGAAGGAGGAGCUGACCACCAAGGACGUGCGAAUACGCCAGCUGGAACUGGAGCUCAACAACCUGAAGAACGUUAGCCCCAACAACGUGUGACCUCUCAGCCUCCUGAACUGGCAAAGCUGCUUCCUUUGCCCCCAGUUCUGACCUCCAAUAAGCUUCUUAGCCCUCCCACCCCUCUUUUUUGAUAUAUCACAUUAUAUCAUAACAUCAUUCCUUCAGCCCUGCAUAGCGCACACAAUAACAUGAUAACUGUUGGAUAAUGUCGUAACUGGUGCAAUUAGUGGACUUAUUGUAAUAAUGGCAAAAUGUGAUAAGCAAUGGAGGCGAGGCAGUGUGUUCAUGGAUUGCCACCUUAAAGUGAAAUCAAUAGGGAAGGGUUGAGAUCCAUCAGUUGAGGUAUUAUCUAUGUUUUUACAACUUAAUAUUCUUGAUCUAGCGCACUCUCAGGUGUUGUGAUCAGUUUUUGCUGCCAGACUUCCUGUGUGUGUUUGUCUCACUCUUCCUCGUCAUGCUCAUGGCGGUACAUUGAUCACCACGCAGAGGAGCCCCUACACUCAUCCUCCUGUACUGACCAAACCAUCGCCUAGUUUUCAUUUUUUGCUGAGGCAAAACUAGAGGAUCAAAAGACUGUCACUGGCUCCUGUUUUUCUUCCCCAAGGCCUUAGACCCUGCUGCACACACAGAUUGCAGCGAGCUGCAGCCUCCUCUCAAAAUGGCCGACGUGAAGUGGUUUUGCACCCGACAGACGAGACGCGCUGUUGCAGACGUGGAUCGUGUUUUUCCACAGGGCUGCUUUCCCGUAACUUCUUUCACCCGCAGAUGUUGUUGGCUGUAAAUUUACUUCACAAUACUGACCAAUAGCUGCAUAAAUGCAUUUUUUCUUCCCGAGGAAACUGGAUAGUUCACUCACUCACAGUAUUUUCAUUUGAAUAGUGGGAAAGCAGCAGGGGAGACGUGGAUCCAGAAGAGGUGGACUUGCGUAUCCACUCGAGUGUAGUCUCAUGGGAAGCUUUGCUGGCUGUUAUUGGUUUUUAGGGCUAAUUUUGAGGAUGGGGGUUAAUGUAUAUUUGCUUCUAUUUAUUUGUCACAUUUUACCUUUUUAGCUAAUAACAGGUAUAUUUGUUAAUCCCAUUGUUUUUGUAUGAUGCGGCUGCGCAAGUAAUGAUUGUGAUGCUUGAUAGAUUUUGCUGAAUGUUUCUGGUUGAAAUGGUGCAAGAUUUGUGUGAACCUGUACCCGAAACGGUAUUAGUUCUUUGACUCCAAUAACAUAACUUCAGAUAAGGUAUAAAAAUGUAUUCUUGCAUCUUCCUAACAGUGCAGAAAACUGUAAUAAUAAUCAUCCUUUUACAUUUAAACUAUGUCACUAUUACUGAAUUGUGUUUACCUGUAGAUGUGUAGUUCUGCUCCAGAGACUCCAGGUCAUCUGCCUCUCCUUCUGCACUUGAACCAUGAGCAGACUGAGUUCAGAUGCCUCUGUUUUACCAUUGAACUGUUUUCUUGCCUGCAGGCUGAAAUCUAAGAGAAAUGGGCACUGGAAUAAUAUUUGAUUGGUUCUUUAUGCCAGCCAGGUUCAAGCAGUUACCAAAAAGGUCCUGUUUAACAUGCCAUGUGUCUUUUCAUUCUGCCCAAAUCACACCCAGCUUUGUUUCAUUAAUGAUCCUGCUCUCGGUGGACUAAGAAAAGGAAAAAGAUGAAUUGGCUGCAUGCAUAGCAAGGAUGGAUUUUGUACCCGCAGAAAGUAAAAAGUAAGUUAAGGACUGAAGGUCACAAGUCUUCCCUGAUCACAUCAUAGUGGGAACUUAAAGGGUCCAGAGCAUCAGAACCUGUUUAAUGUAGACUUGAACCACUGUCACAUUAAUGGUUAAUGCUUUUUGCAGGAAAAAUAAAAGGCUACAGUGAAAGUAGACAGUGGGGAAAGGAUCCACCUCAGAGGGAUGAGCUACAGUGGAGAGACAGGUGAAGCUGCAGCUGGAGUGAUGCUGUCAGGGCCUCUCGUGUACAGUAGGUGUGCCGAGGACUAAAAUCAACCAUUUAACAGGACAGUAACAGGACUUUUAUGCUUUUAAAUUGACUGAAACUCUGUUUGUACACUAAACUUGAUUUUCUUUUUGGGACACGAGUAAACCCCAUCUUAUCUUAGAUUAGCUUAGUUUGGUCUAUGGUAGUACUGUAAGUCUUCAAGAUAGAGUUGACAGUAUCUCAUCUGAAAAAUGAUCAGUUUUCCACGUGCUGGGAAAAAAAAAAAUCACCCAACCUGAUGGCCCAAAACCGGAAUUCUGUACACACUUUUCCAUUUGACUUGAUGUUGUACAAGGACCACAACAAUUCAAAACGUAUAUAAAAGGGAUUUAUUGAAGUGAAUGGGAGGGAAAAAGAAACAAAUUUGGCUGAUGACAGUGGAUUUAACAUAGAGUGAAAAAUCACUGAGGUAGGCCAAUUUGACCAUUACGUAUAAUAAUGAAAACAAAGUCCAAAUAACUGACCGUUUUCCAGAGUUCACACUUUGAAACAAUAAAUUUUCAAUGCACAUAAGUUGCGGUUGUAACCUCCAUUUAUAUCAAGUACUUCUCUACACUACCACCACAAAUUCAAACAUUGCCACCUGUGUGCCACAGAAAAGAACAUGGAAAAAGCAAUGAUGAGCUCUGAUGUUGAACGUUUCUAUUUAUGGAAAGAUUAUGCAUACAAAGUUAUGUUCAAAUUCAAGAAAUUUCACACUGCGUAUUUUAGAUAAAGCAGCAUACAUAUUUAAUAUCUUAUUACAAUUCAUAGUUUCACCUCAGUUGUCUGUUCAAUGUCUGCCGUCAUCAAAGAGAAUACAAAAAAAUAGAUUUGGUCAUUAUUUACAAGAACACGUAAUUUCCGAACUAUCAAAGCUGAGGGUUUAAGGAGGAGGAGCGGCUUUGACAAGGGCAGACAUUUUUUUGCUAUGAUUUAAAAAUAUGCCCUGUGAGGGUCACACUGUGCAUGUUCAGACAGAAGUUUCACACCAGGACAGCAGAGAGUAUUGGCAUACUGGUGACACUACAAAUACAUAACUUACAUUUAAAAAAACAAAACAAACAAAAGUACAAUGCAAAAAUAAGUUUAAGACGAGGAGAGGACAGCCAUACAUGAAAUCCAGUAUUUGACUUUAAAAUGUAUUAGACAUGCACUCUUUUUUUGUUUCAUUUUGUUUUUUCUUUUGAAGGGGGGGGGGGUCUUAAAAUACAUGAGUCAUCAGAAACUGGUCUUACACAAACGGUGAGAAAACAAAAACAUUUCUUAAAAAGGUUUUUCUUUGCUAUUAUCUGAUAUUACAAAAUCGGUGUCCACAAAGCAGUUAAAAGUGGACCGUAGACUGGAACACGGGACCAUCAAAGGUACAGAAAUUUAACUUAUUUGUCCAGACAACCCCGUCUACCUGACUGGCCAAUAACAAAAACCACUCCUACUGCAAUAUGAAACUGGGGGAAAAGUACAUGGGGCUGUUGGGAAGUGACUGGGAGAUACAAGUUUAAAACAGUUCACAACUUAGCUUCAAGAGGACUCUCAAUCAUCUUCAUCCUCCUCCCCCUCUUCAUCCAGUUCCCUUUUUCUCUUCUGACCUCGCUCUUCUUCUAGAAAAUAAGAGUCACAUUUAGAGACACGAACGCCAGAAUCUAGCAAAUAGUGUGUAAAACUUCUCUUUCAGGUUUCUUGCGUCACGACGGCAGCAACGCUGGCUCAAACUGUUCGCGGGUUUCACGUUACAAGACGAAUUUGCAUCGCUUUGUGAUGGACA